AUGGAUCUGUCAAAGCACAUCGAAUGCAUUUCGCAAUGGCCUGCUCAUAUCCCGGCAGGUCUGCCCGCCGUGGGCGCGUUGGUCCUCCUCGCAACUGUCUAUUCAUCCUUCCCGGCAAACCGCUUCGUUCCUUCGGACCCCCCCGGUAGCUGGGCUGUGGUAACUGGUGCCUCGGAUGGCCUGGGUAAGGAAUUCGCGCUGCAGCUGGCGCGGGCCAAGUUCAACAUCGUGCUGGUGUCGCGAACCGAAUCGAAGCUGGAGACUCUCGCCGAGGAAAUCACCAAGCAAUUCCCCAAUGUGCAAACCAAGAUCCUUGCCAUGGACUUCUCCCGCAACUCCGACGCCGACUACACCGCGCUGAGUGCUCUUGUCUCGGAUCUGGAUGUCUCGAUCCUCGUCAACAACGUCGGCCUGAGCCACUCGAUCCCCGUCCCCUUCGCCCAGACCCCAGCUUCCGAGAUGGCCGAUAUCAUCACCAUCAACUGCACCGGUACCCUGCGCGUCACCCAGCUCGUUGUCCCCGGCAUGAUGCAGCGCCGCCGCGGUCUGAUCCUGACCAUGGGUUCAUUCGGUGGUCUUCUCCCUACACCUCUACUGGCCACCUACUCCGGAAGCAAGGCCUUCCUGCAGCAGUGGUCUACCGCUCUGGGUGGCGAGCUGUCUUCCUACGGCAUUGAGGUCGAGCUUGUCCAGGCUUACCUGAUUACCUCCGCCAUGUCCAAGAUCCGCCGUGCAUCUGCCUCCAUCCCUACUCCCCGCGCUUCGUCCGCUCCCUCCUCUCCUUACUGGAGCCACGGCAUCAUGGCCUGGUUCCUGACCUCCAUCGGAACCAUGAACGGCUUCGUGCUUAACCAGAACAAGUCCAUGCACGAGAGCAUUCGCAAGCGCGCACUGCGCAAGGCUGAGCGUGAUGCUCAGAAGAAGAGUACUUAA